UGCCCGUUGCCACGCCAACCACCCACACCCACACACUGCACACACCUCCUAGCAGCAGCUACGCAGCGUAGUUUGUGUAGAAAAGGGAAAUAAACGGUACAGAAAGUUGUUGCGCGCACGUUCGUGAGCUUUAUGAACUUUACACCUUCUAUGAACAGCGUUUCUACGACUCCUAUGAAUCGGUCGCUGCAACCGUUGUCGGUUGACGACCUUCGUUCUCCAUCUCCUCAAAAAAGCUUCAACCGUGCUGCUGGCGUGCGUCCAGCAGCCCCUGGACAAGAAAAACGGUUUGUUCCAAGCCAUUUGGCCCACCUGGCUGCCAGUCAGCGUCGUUACGCUCCAGACGUCAGUUCUCCUUUGGUUGACGUUUAUGACUCUCCUUCCUCUAUUCGUACCUCAAACUCACCUCCGUCAAAAUUUGGAGGCCCUAGCUUUGGUACUCCCAAACCCUUCCUGCGUCCCAACCGUUUAGGUGCCGGUGCUGCCGUAGAAGACGCUCCGCCUACUCAAUCCAUUUACGACUUUCCCACUUCUCGUCAGAGUCACGCUCUUCGGCUCGAUAGCGCUCCUGUCUCGACGCUGCCCGUUCAAUCCAAAUCUACUCUGCUAACAAACACCACGGUUAGCGCUCCUCCCCCGAACCAACAAUCUCAAAACCAAUCGACUUCAGUCAUCGUGUUCGGCUUCCCUCCGGCACUCACAACUCAUGUUCUGAACGAGUUUUCUCGCUUUGGCCCCAUCACCAAUCACACUGCUAUGGCCAAAAACGGAGAGGGUGCAUCCUACAACUCGCAAAUCAACGCUCAGGGAAAUUGGGUGCAGCUCACAUAUGCUAAUCUUGAGGCUGCCGCUCGCGCUGUCCAGGCAAACGGCACAAUCAUCGCCGAUUCAUACAUGGUAGGCUGUGUGUAUGCUCCAACACACAAACCCGGUGUGCCUUCGGGAGCACGGAAUAACGUGGCUUUGGAUAUCGAGAUGAUGGACGCCGAAGCCAAUGCUGCGUUUCCUUCAAAACCUGUUGUGUCCGAGGCCCCAGAGGUCGGUCGAAAGAUCGUCGUAAAGGACACCGACAAAAUCUUCAAAACAAACAAAACAAAUACCAACAGGAACUGGUUGUGGGGGAACGCGGCUUCUGGUGCUGAGUUUGAAAAAUCCAGAGAUAGCACAUUGACUCCCGUUGCGGGUACGGAUGUUCAGGGAAGCAGUGGUUCUGCUGCUGCUGCUGCUGCUGCGUCUACUGCAGGUGAAAAGUCUUUUGUUGGAAAGGUUACCGACAUCGUUCUUCACACACUGUUCGGCUUCUAGGGAAGAUACUUUAUUGUCUUAUACUGCUUUAAAAUUUGUAAUACCCAUACCACGCGUUUGUCAUCUCCACCCACAUAUGAAUGCAAGACUCCUUAUAAGCCAAAGCGAUUGAGCUCCAAAAAGUGAUAACACCACAUGACACACACGUAUUUAUAUGCUCUCUUGACUUCGGACACACCUUCACGAGCACGUUCCUACACUCCUUACGCACAAUCACUUAUAUAUAUAUAAAUAUAUAACUACUAGCGGGUACUUUCUUAGGACAAGGGUGCUCGUCUACGUUGGGCCACUUUUGGAUAUGUAAAUCUUGCUUAGUUAAUAGUUAUAUACAAGGCUCGAGGCUUGAACAAGAAUCACACUGGAUGACGGUUUGGAAAACCACGGGAAAGAAAGUGACAAACAGGGAGAGAAAGUAACAAGAAGCACAUAAAAACUGAAGGCAAUGGAUAUUCCAAAAUGGGGAGGAAGCGGGCACCGCCGCAAUAGGUAUUAAAAAAAAAACUAAAACUAAGGACACACACAUUAUAUGUGACGGGCGCGUUUUAUUUUAGAAGCAAUGUCUGCUGGAGUCAUAGUAGGGAUGGUGGAAUUGGCAAUCAACUGAAUCAACUUUCUCGAAUCGAAACGGGCACCUGCUGUAUAUUAGUAAAACAUGAACAAACACGGGAAAAAAAAUAAAACAAAACACAAUUUUCCUAUACCUUGGAACAAAUGGG